UUUCAGAUCAAAAAUGAGUGCUCCUUUAAUUGACAAAUACCGGAAAAUGGCAACUUUCGACUGGAAAAAAUUGAAAGCAGCCGUUGAAGGAGAAGAACAUGUUAGACUGAAGUCAGAAGUAGUUGCUAAAAUGAAGUCAGAACCAGUAUUUCACAGAGAUUAUCGAGUAUUGAGUAGAGAAGAGCAAAGAGAAGUUGUUCAUCAGAGAUGGAAGAAAAUUGUCGAAUGGGGGUUGUUCAAAGAUCCGUACUCCGAUCUUGAAAACUUCCAUGCAUUGACUGAAACUCUUGAAGCUUAUGAUCAAGGCACAUCUGCAAGGCUUUUCCUCCACGGAAAUGUUUUUGGAGCAGCUGUUAAGUCAAUGGGAACAGAUAGACAUAAGGAUUUGAUUCAGAAAACUGAAAACAAUGAGAUCGUCGGAGCAUUUUGUCUGACAGAAGUAGGCCAUGGUUCAAACACUGCUGAAAUUCAAACAACAGCUACAUUUGACAAUGGAGAACUUGUUUUCAAUACUCCAAGUGUCAGUGCAAUCAAAUGUUGGGCUGGAAAUCUCGCUCACUCGGCCACUCACGUAGUUGUUUAUGCUCAACUUCAUGUCGAAGGAAAGAACGAGGGAUUUCAUGGAUUUGUGAUUCAAGUUCGUUGCCCUAGAACUUUCCAAACUCUACCAGGAAUUACCAUUGGAGACAUGGGCUCGAAACCAGGAUGCUGGCAGGGAGUAGAAAAUGGCUGGAUGGAGUUUAAGAACCAUAGAGCUCCUCUGAGUGCACUUUUGAAUAAGGGUUGUGAUAUUACUCCGGAUGGAAAAUAUGUGACAAGUUUCAAAUCUGCAAGUGAGAAGCAGAGUGUCAGUUUGGGAACAUUGUCAGUUGGAAGACUCGGAAUUAUCGCAAAAGGAAUGAUGGCUUGCACUUUUGCAUCUACAAUUGCUAUUCGAUACAGUGUUGCUCGGCGACAGUUUGGACCAGUAAAAGGCGCUGAAAAUGAGAUCCCAGUUCUCGAGUAUCCACUUCAACAGUAUCGUCUAUUCCCGUACCUAUCCGCUGCAAUUUGCAUUAGAAUAUUCCAGAAGAAGUUUGUCGGACAUUUCACUGAAUAUAUGAUGAGAGUCAUAAUGGGAGAAAAGUCAGACGAGCUCUCCGAGUUCUCAAAAGAAGUACAUGCAUUGUCGUCUGGAGCUAAACCGGUUGCAACGUGGCUUGGUGUAGAAUCCCUUGGAGAAGCUAGAAAAGCUUGUGGAGGUCAUGGAUACCUACAAAUGUCACGAUUGAACACCCUCCGAGAUGACAACGAUCCAUCACAAACAUUUGAAGGAGAAAACUUUAUGAUUUUGCAACAAACCAGCAAUAUUUUGCUAGGAAAAGCUCAAUCAAUUGGAUCCAUUGAGACCCCGAUGUCUACUAUGUCAUUCUUGAAUCAAAAACCUUCAAAGUUCUCAUCAUGGUCUUCGAAUCCAGUUAAUGACGUGUUGUCUGCGUACCGAUAUCUCACUUAUCACUUACUUCAAACAACUUCGGCAGAAGCUUACAGACUAAAAGCAUCUGGAAAGAAUUCAUUCGAAGUUCGAAAUGAAAUUCAAAUUCAUAGAGCUGUCAAUUUGUCUGUUGCAUACACAGAACAUACAAUGAUCCAUUGGGUUCAACAGUUCUUGAAAGAAAUUGAAGAUCAAAGUGUGAAGCCGGUUCUUCAAAAAGUUUUGAAUCUUUUCUCACUUUUCCUUUUGGAAAGACAUCUUGCAACUCUUUAUAUUACUGGAUAUGCUUCUGGUGGAAAGUUUGGAGAAGAUCUUCGAGAGAAGCUUAGACUCGCUGUAGCCGAAUUAAAACCCGAGGCCAUUGCUUUAGUGGACUCGAUUGCUCCAGAUGAUUUCAUUUUACAUUCAGCUCUGGGAGCAUCUGAUGGAAAAGCGUACGAGCAUAUAAUGGAAGAAUUCCGGAAGUAUACAAAUGAACAACCAAGAUGGGUUUGCGAUUUGGCUCAGUUUUUGCAAAAGAGAUCACAAGGAUCCAAGCUAUAAUAUUUCACAAACUGUAUAUUUCCCAAUAAAUCCAGUUUUUG